AUGGCAAGCACAAAAAUGAAUGUUAUGAUGAUGGCUAUGUUGGUCAUGGUCGGAACCCUAAUUCUGAAUGAUGAAAAGGUUUCAGCCCAAUGUGAUGGAAAGGUCCCUCUGACUGAGCUUGUAUUACAAUGUUCACAGUAUAUAGGCAAUAAUGGACCAACAAUUCCUCCAUUGGAAGCAUGCUGUCAAGUUGUGAAACAAGCUGAUAUUCCUUGCGGCUGCCAACUUGUUACACCGACAAUUGAGCAAAUUGUUAGCAUGGAGAAAGUUAUCUUCGUUGCUAGGUCCUGUGGCCUUCAGAUCAACCCUGGCUUCAAAUGUGGAAGUUACACUGUUCCGCCUUCGGCAUAAAUUGUUAAAGAAUUGAUGGAGAUGAAAAAGGCUUGCAAUAGAAUCCCAAGCAAGAUUGUAAUGAAUUAAUA